AUGGAGAACCGGUCUUUCGAUCAUGUUUUGGGUUGGUUAAAGAAGACCCGUCCCGAUAUUGAUGGGCUUACCGGGUCUGAGUUCAACCAUGUGAACGCCUCCGACCCGGCUUCCCCCAAGCAUUACGUCACCGACAAUGCUAUCUUUGUCGACUCUGACCCCGGCCACUCGAUUCAAGCUAUCCGGGAACAGAUAUUCGGGUCCAACGACUCCACCGCGAACCCGGCUCCGAUGAACGGUUUUGUUCAGCAAGCUGAGAGUAUGGGCGUUGAAGGGAUGUCCAGGACGGUUAUGAGCGGGUUCAAGCCGGAGUUUGUGCCGGUUUACACCGAGUUAGCCAACGAGUUCGCCGUAUUUGACCGGUGGUUCGCUUCGGUGCCGGCGUCGACUCAGCCGAACCGGUUCUAUGUCCACUCGGCGACUUCACACGGAGCAUCUAGUAAUGUAAGGAAAGAUUUAAUUCAUGGGUUUCCGCAGAAAACUAUUUUCGAUUCAUUGGAGGAAAAUGACCUGAGCUUUGGGAUAUAUUAUCAAAAUAUCCCGGCUACGCUCUUCUUCAAGAGCUUGAGGAAGCUUAAAAAUACGGUUAAGUUUCAUAAUUAUGCUGUGAAGUUUAAAUUGCAUGCCAAAUUAGGGAAGCUUCCGAAUUAUGCAGUGAUAGAACAGAGGUAUUUUGAUGUUGAUCUGUUUCCGGCCAAUGAUGAUCAUCCUUCCCAUGAUGUGGCUUUGGGGCAAAAAUUUGUGAAGGAAGUGUACGAGACUUUGAGGGCAAGUCCUCAAUGGAAAGAAAUGGCCUUGUUGAUCACUUAUGAUGAGCAUGGCGGAUUUUUCGAUCACGUGCCUACACCAGUUGAAGGGGUGCCUAAUCCUGAUGGAAUUAUUGGGCCAGAUCCUUACUAUUUUGCUUUUGAUCGCUUGGGUGUUCGUGUGCCUUCAUUCUUGAUUUCACCAUGGGUUGAUAAACGAACUGUAAUUCAUGAGCCUAAUGGUCCAACCCCAACGUCUCAGUUCGAACACUCAUCGAUUCCUGCAACUGUGAAGAAACUCUUCAAUUUAAAAUCCAAUUUCUUGACCAAAAGGGAUGCAUGGGCUGGAACUUUUGAAAGUGUCUUCAAGCUGCGCAAGACUCCCCGUGACGAUUGUCCAGAGAAACUCCCGGAGGUGACAAAAACAUUGAGGGGAAGGGGACCAAGGGAAGAUGCUGUACUCUCCGAAUUUCAAGUCGAACUGAUCCAACUUGCAUCACAGCUUAACGGCGAUCAUGUUCUCAACGCCUACCCUGACAUCGGGAAAAGUAUGACUGUUGGUCAAGCUAAUCGCUACGCAGAGGAUGCAGUACAGAGGUUCUUGGAAGCAGGACGAGCUGCACUGAGAGCUGGGGCUAAUGAGUCGGCCAUUGUCACAAUGAGACCCGCCCUUACCACAAGAACUGUAACUGAAGACGUUGGUUACCUAGAAGCCUACUGA